UAUGCAUUUUUUAUUGAAUCGAUGUUCAAAUAGUAUAUAAUAAACUUAAGUUUUAAUUAUGAGUCGCUCCUAGCUGUUUAGUAGUUUUAUUAAAUAUUGUUUUAAUGGUGAAGGGAUACUUGUGUUGGCGUAAUGUGACUAUUUAUUUAUAUCGAAAUUCAAAUAGAAUCCAAUAAUGGCCUUAACUUUCGAUCAGAAUGAUCGCUCCAGCUGGUACUUUGGAUCAAUGUCUAGACAGGAUGCCACUGAUUUAUUAAUGAGUGAAAAUCAAGGUGGAGUGUUUUUAGUUAGAGACAGUGCAACCAUACAUGGGGACUAUGUGUUAUGUGUGAGGGAGGACAGCAAAGUUAGUCAUUACAUAAUAAAUAAAAUACAAGAAGAUAAUCAAAUCUUGUAUAGAAUUGGUGAUCAGCUCUUCAAAGAUUUACCGAAGCUAUUAGAGUUUUAUAAAGUCCAUUAUUUGGACACUACACCAUUAAUACGACCAGCGCCUCGGAAGGUGGAAAAAGUUAUAGCCAAAUUUGAUUUUGAUGGAAAUGACAAUGAAGAUCUUCCAUUUAAAAAGGGUGAGAUUUUGCAUAUAAUUAAGAAAGAUGAGGAUCAAUGGUGGACAGCUAGAAAUAAUGUUGGGAAAACUGGUUCUAUUCCUGUUCCUUACAUCCAACCGUAUGAUGAAAACCAAUUCAACACAAUCCAUAGACCUGGUUCAGGUGGCAGUGUAUCAAAUAGCAAUGAUGCUAUGAAAAAAUCAAAUGUGAAUCGGAAAUUACCUGCUUAUGCUCGUGUGAAACAAGCGAGAGUGCCCAAUGCUUAUGAUAAGACAGCUUUAAAAUUAGAAGUGGGUGAUAUUAUAACUGUAACCGAGAUGAAUAUCAAUGGACAAUGGAGAGGUGAAAUAAAUGUAAUGUGGAGUCCGUGGGGGCGCCCUCGUGUUGGCAUGAGGGGCCGCCUGAUACUCUUCAUCGCCGCUGCCACCACUAGACUGGUCAUUGCCACUUUGCCGCCUAUUAUCCGAAUUGGUGCUGUUUUCACAGAGGAUCAAAAAGACAGCAGUUCUGAGUUAGCAUUUAAAUAUGCUGUUUAUCGCAUCAAUAAGGAUAAAACAUUAUUACCCAAUACUACAAUCGUAUACGACAUACAAUAUGUUCCUAGAGAUGAUUCGUUUCGCACAUCUAAAAAAGUUUGUCGUCAGUUAGAAUCAGGAGUGCAGGCUUUGUUUGGACCAUCUGAUGGAACAUUAGGAACACACAUUCAGUCCAUAUGUGAAGCACUGGAUGUACCUCAUAUUGAGGCUAGAUCAGAUGCAGAACCUGUGCCUAAAGAAUUUUCUAUCAAUCUUUACCCCGCUCCUAGGUAUACUGCUCAAGCGUUUCAGGAUUUACUAAGUUUUCUUGGAUGGUCUAGAAUGGCGGUUAUUUACGAAGAUGAAACUGGACUAUUUCGUCGACAUGACUUUGUAAAUUCUGCAUCCAAGCCUGAUGUGUACAUCCUUCAAACUAAUCCUGCUAGUUACAGAGAAGUUCUAAAGGAUAUUAAACGCAAACAAAUAUUCAAUCUUGUGGUAGACACGAAUCCAGAAUACAUUUCUAAAUUUUUUCGCGCCAUUUUGCAGUUACAAAUGAACGAUGAUCGGUAUCAUUAUUUGUUUACGACAUAUGAUAUUGAAGUUUUUGACUUGGAGGAUUUUAAAUACAAUGGUGUUAAUAUGACGGCGUUUCGAUUAGUAGAUGUAACAUCACCUAGUGUUAUGAAAGCUCUAGAACAAAUGGAGCGAUUUCAGCCUAUUGGAAAAGCAAUUCUGAAUAAAAAUCGCGUAAUACAAGCGGAACCUGCCUUAAUGUACGAUUCAGUACAUGUUUUUGCAACGGGUUUGACUGCGAUGGAUACGGUUCAAGCUUUAAGACCUACAAAUCUUUCAUGUGAUUUGGAAAAGCCUUUUGAUGGAGGUCUAUCACUAUACAAUUAUAUUAAUUCUGCCAGCAUCGAUGGGUUGACUGGUAAAAUUGAGUUUAACGAAGGAAAGAGGAACAAUUUCAAAUUAGAUUUGAUGAACUUGCGAAAAGAAGAGUUGCACAAAGUUGGCGAAUGGACACCUGCAACUGGCGUCCACAUUUUUCCAGAAACUGAUGAAAUAGCCGCUAAUAUAACAUUUGUUGUUGUUACUAAAUUGGAAAAACCAUACGUUAUGUUGAAAGAAGAAAGCAAUAUGACUGGAAAUACGAUGUAUGAGGGGUUUUGCAUUGAUUUGCUGAAAUUAAUAGCAAGAAAAGUAGGAUUUCGCUACACAAUACGACUUGUUCCAGAUAACAUGUACGGUUCUUAUGAUCCUCAAACUCAUCAAUGGAAUGGAAUUGUUGGAGAGCUCGUUCAUAGACAAGCUGAUAUUGCCGUAGCACCAAUUACCAUCGACAGAAAUAGAGAAAACGUUGUUGAAUUUACGAAACCUUUUAUGAAUUUUGGUAUUGGCGUCUUAUUUAAGGCUACGAAAAAUCAGCCGAAACACAUAUUUAGCUUCAUGAAUCCCUUCGAUGUUAAGAUUUGGUUAUAUAUGUUAGCUGCAUAUGUAACCGUUUCACUAACAUUUUAUGCCAUCGCUAGAUUUUCUCCACAUGGAUCUAUACAGGCCGAAAUGUGCCAACAAGUUCCUCCAGAUGUUGUAGAAAAUCAGUUUACGGUUCAUAAUAGUUUUUGGUUUAUAACCGGAACGCUUCUCAGACGAGGUUCUGGAUUAAAUCCUAAGGCGACUUCAAAACGAAUUAUUGGCGCCGUGUGGUGGUUUUUCACACUCAUUAUAAUAUCAUCUUAUACAGCUAACCUUGCCGCCUUUAGAACCGUAGAUUAUAUGAUUUCUCCAAUAAAAAGUGCAGCUGAUCUUGCUGAUCAAGAUGAGAUUGCUUUUGGCACUUUGAAAGGAGGUUCGACAAUGAACUUUUUCAAGGAUUCAAAUAUUGAUAUCUACAAAAAAAUGUGGCAGAAUAUGAUCGAAAAGAAAUCUGUAUCGCUGGUUCCAACAUAUGAAGAUGGCAUUCAGAAAACUUUGAAAGGAAAUUAUGCAUUCUUAAUGGAAUCCACUAUGCUUGAUUACACUAUCAGAAGAAAUUGUUAUUUAAAACAAGUUGGAGGUCUCUUAGAUUCUAAAAAUUAUGGAAUUGCAACAGUUCGCGGAUUUCCAUUUAAGAAUAAAAUAUCAAAUGCGAUAUCAGAACUGCGUCAAAGUGGUCAAAUACAAAAGCUUUAUGAUAAAUGGUGGACCGAACCAAGUAAAAAUGUUUGUGACCAAAUGUAUGCCAAAGCAAAUCCUUUGGACGGAAGUAACUUAGGUGGUCUGUUCCUAGUUUUGGUAUGUGGACUCAGUAUCGCCGUAGUUGUUGCUAUCAUAGAAUUUUAUUGCAAUACUCAUAAAAAACGUUAUAAAACUACAUCUACAAAUAUUGAAACAUUUGCUACUAUUAAAAAGGGAUGUGCUGAUUGUAGUCCAGCUCCAAUGUACACUCCAACUAGGAUAAAUAAGGAUAAGCAAUUCCAAGACAGCAACCUAAUUCAGAUGGUGGACAUGCGAAAAUUCUCCCUGACCGCCAACAAGCAACCCUAGCAUGAGCCGGGAUCGCGUCCGGCGGUCCCGUUCACCUCAAACCACGCCAUCAGGGAUUGUUGCGGUGGAGUCUCCAAAAGGGAUCAUUCCCUUACCAAAAGAGACGAUUCCACUUCCAAAGAAACUGAAGUUAUGAUUAACGAAAGUGUUAAUUUGUGAUCAUCAAAUACCGAUUUUA